AUGGCCGGCCCCACCCGCACCUGGGCGGCCUCAUCCCGCGGAGAGCCGGGCGGGGAAGCGGGGCCGCCCGUGCGUGCUUGGGAACGCCGCUGCGAGACGUUUGUGUCCCCAUCCCGGGCUCCAUCGUGGAGCGGCACACUUGGCUCCGCCGUGGAUGGAAGAAGCGGCACCAAAGUGGCCAUCAAGAAGCUGUGCCGUCCAUUCCAGUCAGAGAUCUUUGCCAAGAGAGCAUACAGAGAGCUCAUGCUCUUGAAGCAAAUGCAGCACGAGAACGUCAUUGGAAUAUUGGAUGUGUUCACACCAGAUGUCACACUGGAGAAAUUUAAUGGCUUCUACCUGGUCAUGCCAUUUAUGGGAACAGACUUAAGUAAGAUAAUGAAGCAUGAGAAACUCACUGAAGACCGAAUCCAGUUCUUGGUAUAUCAGAUAUUAAAAGGCUUGAAGUAUAUUCACUCGUCUGGCAUAAUUCACAGGGAUCUAAAGCCUGGAAACCUGGCAGUAAAUGAAGACUGUGAAUUAAAGAUCCUGGAUUUUGGAUUGGCCAGGCAUACAGACAGCGAGAUGACAGGUUACGUGGUUACAAGGUGGUACAGAGCCCCAGAGGUCAUCCUUAAUUGGAUGCAUUACACGCAAACAGUUGACAUCUGGUCUGUGGGCUGUAUAAUGGCUGAAAUGAUAACGGGGAGGCCUCUGUUCAGGGGAAAGGACCAUCUGGACCAGCUCACAGAAAUCAUGAAAGUAACGGGUACUCCAAGUCAAGAUUUUGUGCAAAAACUGAAGAGUCAGGAGGCAAAAAACUACAUCAAAAGCCUUCCAAAAGUCCAGAAAAAGGAUUUUGCAUCCGUCUUGAAGCAUGCGAGUCCUUUGGCUGUGAAUCUUUUGGAGAACAUGCUGGUGCUGGAUGCGGAGGAGCGAGUCACGGCAGCUGAGGCUUUGAUGCAUCCUUACUUUGAAGCAAUUCAUGAUCCUGAGGAAGAAAUUGAGGCUGAGAAAUAUGAUGACACAUUUGAUAACAUGGAUCUACCCCUGGAUGAGUGGAAGCGUAUUACAUAUAAAGAGAUACUGAACUUCAAGCCACCACAAACAUCAGAGUCAAAGGAGACAGCAGUGUAAUUGUAUGGCUCGGUCCUUUCAGAACUCAGAAGAAAGCAGGAAAGCUGUAAAUGUUUGUGAUAUUUCAGGUGUAUUAAUUUUUUAUAAAUAAACUGGAUGUAAUUUCAUCUGCACCGUAAGAAGGAGCAGUGUCUUUUACCGUGCAUGUGGAGAUGUGGUGCCUCUGGAAGCAGCACCUCAGAACUGCCCAGAAGCUUAUUUCUGCUCACAUCUUCUCCCCUCUGCACAAAAGGAUUCAGGCUCUGGCAACCCUUGAAAGAGCAGGUGGGACCAAUUCUUUGAAUCAGAAAUCAGAUGAGAGUACAAGUUACCACUGCAAACAAGCUGAGACACAGCAUACAUCAGUGAUGUACAGUAUCUGCUCUCUGCUCACCGGUGCUGUUGAACCAUCUUGAAUUUAAGAGGUAUUGAAAGGACUUCCUCUGGAAUGUUUCACCUUGAUGAGAUGUCUAGAGAGGCUGAUAAGCUUCUGUGACCACAGCUAGUCAGGAGCAGACAAUACAGCCUGAAUGGAUGCAUUUCUUUUCGCCUUCAUGAGGGCAGAAGAGCCUGAGCUCCAUCCAGGUCUGAAAAAUGUAUGCAAGAGGCAAGAAGCAGGCAAGAGAGUCCUAGAGAUUGUUAAAGUUACCAGCGCACUGCAAUGAGAUUUCCUGAGUGCACUAGGUGAGCAAUCACUAGGUAAACAAUCGCUUCCUAGAGUCACAAUGUUUUUAUCUCAGUACAGUGCAGUCUCUUUGUAACAGAGUAUAGGUGUACAGGGGGAAUCAUUUUAAGACUGUCUGAAACUGUAUAAGCUUUCUAGCAUCUUAUUUCUGAAAUAACCAUUGAAAAUAUACAUGUUCUCAAAGGACAUACUGAUUAGAUAACCAGCAGCACUGAUUUAGAAAUAGGCUCUUGGACGGAGGUGUCACCAGGUGCAGAAUCACAACCAUUGUUUUUUGGAGCCUUCUGGAGUCAUCUUACUUUGGGGGGAACCUUCCAACCUUCCACUGGGAGGAGCCUUACCAGAAGGAGUCAGAUUCCUGAUGAGCUACAGUGGGAUGUGAGAUGCUUUGUGUGCUCCUCUUAUUAUCUGGGUUCAUUCAUUGUGUUCUCCUUGGUGCUUAGUUCAUCAUAGAAUCAUAGAGUGAAUUGUAGAGUGGCCUGAGGUUGAAAAGGACCUCAAAGAUCAUCUAGUUUCAACCCCCUUACUGUGGACAGGGUUACCGGCCACUACCCCAGACAGUUCAUAACCAAAUCCAGCCUGGAUGAUUAUUAACCCCUUAGACAGGUGAAGGGUUCCUUCUGGGAGCACUUCUUUUUGUUAGAGGUAGUUUUGAAAGUUGACUGUUUGGGUGUGGAUUAUUCCCAAAGUGAUCUGCUGUCAUUUGUUGCCACUGAGUGCAGUGGUUGUGAAGGAAGACAUUUGGUACUAGCAGGUAAUAGCUGUAAAAGAACUAAGAAAUUACAUGUGGUCAGUGCGUUGGCUUUUGCUUUCAUACCCAAUUUAAAGCAGAUCUUUAAUCAAGGCACAGUUGUUCUGUUUCUUUCCGUGAAUGUUUAACUUAGACUCCAGGAAAUAGUGCCAUUUGUUUAAAAAUUAUUCAUGAUGAGCAUUGAUUAGUGGAGACAGACACCUAGAGAGCAAAUGGUAACAAACAUGCAAUUGUUGAUGUGUUUGACAAGACAUUAACAGGCUUGGUUUCAGGAAUACAUGAAAAUAAGCAGCACAUUUAAUUUGAAGUAAAACAUUCUUCCACUGUAGAUGUCACUUUCCCCAUUUCGUACUAUUGACUUUCUGCUUGGACUACGCUUUUAUGUGAAACAGGAACUUUAUUUUGCACUUACUGAGUGUUUUUUAGGGUCGUGCCCUGUCAUCCUCUUACAGAUCAUGGGAGAAAAAUGCCUAUUGGAGAUGGUGGGUUUUGAUAGCUUAGCUCAUUGCAAAUGUUGAGUGGCUGAGGUGAAUUUGCCUCUUACAGUACUAGAGAAACCACAAGCUCCUGUAGACAUAAGGUGCUGGUGUUUGGUUUUUCUGCAUUUGGGGAUUCCAGAACUCUUACAGUAACUGAAGAGCAGCCCUUGAUGUGUGUGCCAGGAGAGACAGAAGAACUGCUGCGCCGUCUGUCAGUAAACACUGUGUGAGGUAAAUAACAAACAUGAAAAGUUUGUUGCAUCUUGGCACGAUGUUUCUGUGAAGAGAAUGGGAUCUGAAGAAGCUGCUCAAAAAAGCAAUAGGAAUUUUUAGUAUAAAUCGCUCAUUAAAAGAAAUGUGAGGUGAAAGCAGAAAUAUUUUGCAUGAGAGGCAGCUGCUGUUUCAAAGGCAGCAACAUUUCCCAGGCUUUUAUUUGCUAUUUCUACUGGUGCUUAGCAACUCAGGAAUAAGAACCCAAUUUCUGUUUGCCUUAAGGACAAAUGUAAAUCUGUUCUGCAUGUACUUGAAAUGUAUUGUGAAAAAUAAAGGUUGGGUUUUUGGGUUUUUUUACACA